CACCCUCACCCUCCCAAUCUGUCUUCUUCCCCUUCUUUUUUUCUCUUUCUUUCUUUCGGGUUCGGUGGAAACCCAGCCUUGUUGGGUUCAUCGACCAGCCAAGGCUGGGUUCAUCGGAACCCAACAGAUCUGGGUUCGCGACCAACCAAGGCUAGGUUCAGUUGAAACCCAGCAAGGCUGGUUUCGGUUGAAACCCAGCAAGGGUUAUUUUGAUUUGGUAAGAUCUACCAGGUUUAAGGUUUCAAUGAAACCCAGUAACUCAAGUUUCCCCAAGAAAAGAGAAGAAGAAGAAAUGGGUGGGUUAAGAUCGGUUCUGUAGAUGGAGUGGAGAUGAGAGUGCAUUCACAGAAGAAGAAAAAAUGGGUUAAGAUCGAUUUUGCAGAUGGAGUGGAGAUGGGAGAGCAUUUAGAGAAUAAGAAGAAAUGGGUUAAGAUCGAUUUUGCAGAGGGUGAAGAUGAGAAAUCAGUUUGCAGAUCUGACCUCUGGUGGUCAGGGACCAUGGGAACUCUAGAGAAGGUGAUACCUGAGUCAUCAAUUUCUACCCAGAAUAGCAAAAGGACACAGGGAGGAGGUGCACUUAACAGCCGCCACUCAAUCAGCCAUUGUAGCAUUAGCAUGAACUGGGCCAGUUUAGGUGAGGACUACCGGUUAGCAACGCCGGACAUGUCAAACAUUGCUUUCCCUGUCAAAUACAGGAGUUGUCUCUCCACCUAUUAAUUAUAUAGUAAAUUCAAGAGUUUACU